GGCGUUUCGCAAUGACCCACGUGACUGUUCCUAUCCUCUUCCGUCGAGUCGUUCAAAGAGGACAGCAGCGUAUUUGCUAGGUUGUCCAAGCAAGACUCGAUCAAAAUGGUGAACUUUACAGUAGACCAGAUCCGUGAGAUCAUGGACAAAAAAUUCAACAUUCGUAACAUGUCCGUGAUUGCUCACGUUGACCAUGGCAAGUCUACAUUGACGGACUCCCUGGUCAGUAAAGCCGGUAUUAUUGCUGGUGCAAAGGCCGGAGAAGCACGAUUCACAGACACAAGAAAGGAUGAACAGGAUCGUUGCAUCACCAUCAAGUCAACUGCCAUCUCCAUGUACUAUGAGUUGGCCAUGGAUGAUAUGAAGUACAUCAAACAGAAAACGUACCCUGAAGAUGACCAAAUGAGAAAUGCUUUCCUUAUCAACUUGAUUGAUUCACCCGGUCACGUUGAUUUCUCAUCUGAAGUAACAGCAGCUCUGCGUGUAACCGAUGGUGCACUGGUGGUCGUAGACUGUGUUUCUGGAGUUUGCGUACAGACAGAGACAGUACUGAGACAAGCCAUUGCUGAAAGGAUUAGGCCAAUUCUGUUCAUGAACAAGAUGGACCUUGCUCUUCUUACCCUUCAGAUUGGUCAAGAAGACCUCUACCAGACCUUUCAAAGAAUCAUUGAGAGCGUCAACGUCAUCGUCAAUAUGGUCUCCUCUGAAGAAAGCCCUCUUGGCGCCAUUGAUGUCGAUCCCCAAGAAGGAACUGUUGGAUUUGGGUCUGGCCUUCACGGAUGGGCCUUUACUCUGAAAGAUUUUGCUGUACGUUAUGAAACCAAGUUUAAGAUGAACCAAAAAAAGCUGAUGAAUAAACUGUGGGGCAACAACUUCUUUGAUGAAGCAAAUAAGAAAUGGAUCAAAGAAUCUGAUGGAAAAGCUGUUCGAGGUUUUGUCAAGUACAUCUUGGAUCCAAUUUUCCUGGUGUUUAAUACAUGUAUGAAGUGUGAUCAUGCUAAAGCCCUGGCACUGGCUGAAAAGAUGGGAGUCAAGCUGACUACUGAUGAAAAAGAUCUUCGUGAGAAGCAGCUCCUCAAGCUUGUCAUGAGAAAGUGGAUGCCUGCUGGUGAUGCCCUUCUCCAGAUGAUAGUCAUUCAUCUGCCAUCUCCAGUAACUGCCCAGCGUUACAGGACCGAUACUCUAUAUGAAGGACCUUCUGAUGAUGAAGUUGCCGUCUCAAUGAAAAACUGUGACCCCAAAGGACCUCUCAUGAUGUAUGUAUCCAAGAUGGUACCAACAUCAGACAAGGGACGUUUCUACGCUUUUGGACGUGUUUUCUCUGGAUGCGUUGCCACUGGACAGAAAGCAAGAAUCAUGGGUCCCAACUUCGUACAGGGAAAGAAGGACGACUUAAACGUCAAGACCGUGCAGAGGACAAUCUUGAUGAUGGGUCGCUACAUUGAGCCAAUUGAGGAUGUACCUUGUGGAAACAUCUGUGGUCUUGUUGGGGUUGACCAGUUCUUGGUAAAAACAGGAACCCUCACUACCUUUGAGGGAGCUCACAACAUGAAACAGAUGAAAUUCAGUGUUAGUCCUGUAGUCCGAGUAGCUGUCGAGUGCACAAAUCCGUCAGAAUUGCCAAAAUUGGUAGAAGGGCUGAAACGUCUCGCCAAAUCUGAUCCUAUGGUACAGUGUACAACAGAAGAAUCUGGAGAACACAUCAUUGCUGGAGCUGGCGAGCUUCAUCUUGAAAUCUGCUUGAAGGAUCUGGAGGAGGACCAUGCUGGUAUUCCCAUCAAAAAGAGUGACCCUGUUGUAUCAUACAGAGAAACUGUAGGAGAGGAUUCUUCAAUCACGUGUCUUUCUAAGUCUCCUAACAAACACAACAGAUUGUAUAUGAAAGCCAGGCCACUUCCAGACGAUUGUCCUGAAGCCAUUGACAAUGGUGAAAUUACACCAAGACAGGACUUCAAAGAGAGAGGAAAAUUCUUGUCCGAGAAAUUCGGAUUUGACCCCACUGAAGCAAGAAAAAUCUGGUGUUUUGGACCUGAAGGCACCGGCCCAAAUCUGUUGACAGACGUGACAAAGGGAGUGCAGUACCUCAAUGAAAUCAAGGACAGCGUUGUUGCUGGCUUCCAAUGGGCAACAAAAGAAGGUGUCCUAUGUGAAGAAAAUGUACGAGGUGUGAGGUACGAUAUUCAUGAUGUAACCCUCCAUGCUGAUGCCAUCCAUCGUGGUGGUGGACAAAUCAUUGGAACAGCCAGGCGUUCCUUGUAUGCCUGUACUUUGACAGCCAAGCCAAGCAUUAUGGAACCCAUCUACCUUGUAGAAAUUGAGGUACCAGAAAAUGCUGUUGGUGGUGUAUUUUCUACAUUGAACAAGAGGCGUGGAGAGAUUGAAAUACAUUUACCUGCACCAGUAGGACGCGCAACUGAUACCAUCAAGGCUUAUCUGCCUGUGAACGAGUCUUUUGGAUUCACAGCACAUUUGCGUUCAAAUACAGGAGGACAGGCUUUCCCACAAUGCGUGUUUGAUCAUUGGAAAAUUCUGCCAGGAGAUGUACAUGAUCCUAACUCCAAUCCUGGAAAGGUUGUUGUAGCAACGAGAAAACGCAAGGGGCUCCCUGAGGGUAUUCCAGGGUUGGACAAAUACCUCGACAAGUUGUAAAGUGACCCUUCAAUGUUUGACUUUAAUAGUGCUUAAACGUGCAACAGUUAACCUUCAGUUUCAUCAUGUGGUCUUUCAAUAUCCCUUUCUCAGAUUUAGUUAUGCUAAUAGCAAGAAAGUUGUAAUGAUUUUGUUGUUACUUCUAUGUUCAAAAACACCAGUGCUCAAAAACACCAGUGCUGAGGGGAAAUAAUUCCUAACGAUUUGGACAUGCACUGCUCACCAUUUUGGUUAAUUUAUUAAAACAAAUUUACAAGGACAAGUAUUGCAAAGUGUAAACCAUUUUGAGAUCAUGGCUCCUUAUAACAGCUCAUUUGUUUGAGUUGUCCAAAGAAAUAAAUGUGGAGAAAUGGAAA